GAGAAACGCUCACACAAAGGAACAGCAGUAAAGGUCGGAGAUUUAUGUCGGCUGUGUCUGAAUCGGCUUUGAUUUUGUCUCUGUUUCGCAUUUCCUCUCCCGCUCGAUCGUCUUCCACCUCGUCUCCUUUGUUCUUUGGUCUGACCUCUGUUCUCACCGCUCUUUGCUUCUGCACCAAGCAGAGGCUUGUUCUGGAGGUUCCAUCCCUUUCCAUGGGCGUUAGACCUAAAAGGACUCACAAGAGGCAAAAAUUACCCUUUUUCAUAGUUCGCUGAAACAAAACCCCUUGUCUGAUUCAGCAGUUUUGGUAAGAGAUUUUGAAGUGUUUGAAUCAGAUAUGAAGAAAACAAUGAGAGGCAGGAAAGUUCGUGUUAUUGUUAGUGACCCUUAUGCUACUGAUGAUUCCUCUAGCGACGAAUGGUUUGAGUGUAAGCCUAAAAAGGUGAAGCGUAUUGUCCAUGAGAUCAACCUCCCUGAUGUUGACAAAAGCUCAAAGCCUAAAGCAGCUUCUAUGCAGCUCAACAAGCCUGUGGGAGUUAGGCUGAGGCAAUCAGGCAAAUGGGCUGCUGAGAUUAGAAACCCAAUCACUAAAACUAAGGUUUGGUUGGGUACUUAUGAGACUCUUGAAGAAGCUGGGAAGGCUUAUGCUGACAAGAAGGUUGAGUUUGAUGCAUUGUCCUCAUCGGGAACUGCUGUUUCCUCAAUGAACAGCCAAUGCUUGCGUUCUGCUGCUUUGAAUGAAAAGGUGUCUCUGAGGAAAGAUGUUACUGCUUCUGGUGAUUUCGACCUUUCCCAACUAGAAAUCCCUGAUCUGAGCUUCUUAGCUGCAGAAGAGAAGCCUGGCGCAAAUGCUGGUGGGAAGAUAGACUUUGAUUGGUUUUUUAAGGAGGAGGACUAUAGUCAUCUGUUUGAUGAUUUCUCUGUGCUUGAUAAUGUCAAUAACAUCAGCAUAGCAAGCGAGCUGCCUGAUUGUGACUUCACAGAUGUGGAACUCGAGCAUGGUGAUAUGAAGUUUGCCUUUGCUGAUCAACUAGCGCCUCCUGCUCUCAACAUCGCUUGCCCCUGAAGCUUUUUCCAGCUUAUCUGAUUUACUGUAUUCCAAUAAUAAGUCGUUUCUAAGACAAACAAAUGUUUAGAUCCUAUUUCACAAGAACAUAGAUAAAAAGAAAGAAAGUGUUGUCUCCUUUGGAUGCUCAUAUUCUUAUAAGAGUCUUCUA